AUGUCGCAGUCUUUAACCAUGCUUUCGAACAUAGACUCGAGCCUGAUGAACCAGCAGUCUGUGGGGACCGCUUCACAACACGGCGAUUCGUCGAAAAUCAGCGGACCGGACUCUUCCUCGUUGGUGCACCAGAGCAAUUCGGAGGACGAAGACGAGGAUGACAAGAACGGACUUUCCGAAGACAGAAAGUACAGAUGUACUCAGUGUCAUCACUCAUUUACUAGAAAACACAAUUUGAAAUCACACAUGUUGAUUCACACUGACGAAAAGCCAUUUGAGUGUCCUCAUUGCAGCAGUAAGUUCAGAAGACAGCAUGAUUUAAAGAGACAUGAAAAAUUGCACACUGGAGAGAAGCCAUACAGAUGCGACAAGUGUGACAAAAGGUUCGCACGCGCAGAUGCUUUGCUUAGACACACAAACUCAUCGUCCGGUUGCUCGGGAGCUGGUUCUGGUCCGGGUCUGGAUCCCUCUCUUUCGCCAGGGUCCAGUACGGGACCCGUGCUUACGAAACGGAAAUCCUACGACGGACAGAGCUCUGCGAUGGCUCCGUUCAAAAAGUCCAAGGAUGCGUCCAAUGCGGAAGCUGCUGCUGCUGCUGCGGUUGCUUCAGCGGUGUCAAACUACUAUGUUCAACAGGCAGUCAUCCAGACGCAGCAGAGACAAUCAAGGUCAAGAUCUACUCAACAGUCCGCACAACCACAAGUUUCGCUCAACUCUGCAAACAGUUAUAUCCAGUCUCCUGGCUAUCCUCAGCAGCAGCUGUCGAACUACGGUGGAAGCUCAUCGUCAGAUGCUACGUUUGCGGAAUUAUAUGGAACCAUCGCAAUAUUAGAGACUAAAGUGUCCACAUUAGAGGCCAGGAUCCUAGAGUUGGAAAGUAAAGUUUCCAACGCGGGUCAUUGA